AUGGGGACUGCAGCGGCGGCAGCGGCGGCGGCCGGGGAGGGGGCGCGCAGUCCGAGCCCUGCCGCUGUGUCGCUCGGCCUGGGCGUGGCCGUCGUGUCGAGCCUGGUGAACGGGUCCACGUUCGUGCUGCAGAAGAAGGGCAUCGUGCGCGCCAAACGGCGAGGUACCUCCUAUUUAACAGACAUUGUGUGGUGGGCAGGCACAAUUGCAAUGGCUCUUGGCCAGAUUGGAAACUUCCUGGCUUACACAGCGGUCCCCACGGUCCUGGUGACUCCCCUGGGUGCCCUUGGAGUGCCGUUUGGGUCCAUUUUAGCCUCUUAUCUUCUGAAGGAAAAGCUCAACAUCUUGGGCAAGCUGGGGUGUCUGCUAAGCUGUGCAGGUUCUGUUGUGCUGAUUAUCCACUCCCCGAAGUCCGAGAGUGUGACCACUCAGGCCGAGCUGGAGGAGAAGCUAACCAACCCAGUGUUUGUGGGCUAUCUGUGCAUCGUGCUCCUCAUGCUACUGCUGCUUAUCUUCUGGAUCGCGCCAGCCCAUGGGCCCACCAACAUCAUGGUCUAUAUCAGCAUCUGCUCCUUGCUAGGGAGUUUCACUGUGCCUUCCACCAAGGGCAUCGGGCUGGCAGCCCAAGACAUCUUCCACAACAACCCGUCCAGUCAACGGGCCCUCUGCCUGUGCCUGGUGCUCCUGGCCGUGCUCGGCUGCAGCAUCAUCGUCCAGUUCAGGUACAUCAACAAGGCACUUGAGUGCUUCGACUCCUCCGUGUUUGGGGCCAUUUACUAUGUUGUGUUCACCACACUGGUCCUGCUGGCCUCCGCCAUUCUCUUCCGGGAGUGGAGCAACGUGGGCCUGGUGGACUUCUUGGGGAUGGCCUGUGGGUUCACCACUGUCUCUGUUGGGAUUGUCCUUAUACAGGUGUUCAAAGAGUUCAAUUUCAAUCUUGGGGAGAUGAACAAAUCUAAUAUGAAAACAGACUAGAAGGUAACAGGGGGUUGGGUGGCUCAAGGAACAGGAAAUGGAUGUGGUUUCUGGUCCUAAUUUGAUGUGAAGUAGUAGAGUCCCUAAAUUGCUGGCAUUAGAGUUGCCUGUGUAUUAAUGGGUGGUCUGGUGGACAGUGGGGAGCAUUGUCCAGCGCCAGGGUGGGGCCCAGUCCUCUGUAUUCUGAGGUUGCUAGAUGAUUGCCUGGGCGUUUUCUCUGUCUGAUGAGAGGAAUCUCAUGCUCAUUGCCAUUAACCUGGAAGCUUUCAUGAAUACUCUUUCCUUUUAAAACAUUUUAACAUUUGAAUAGGAAAUAAAGAUGAGCUCUUUCUGAUUAGUCUUUGCAGGGGAGCAGAUAGUCUUAUUUAGAUAACUUUGGGAAUGGGAGAAAUUGUUGUCCUGAGAUCCAACUCUGUACAGUAAAUGUGUCUGUAGUUGUAUUAUUUUUCAUUAAGCAUGUAUAACAUUCAGGUACCUCAUCCAAAUAAGAGGUGUAUACAUGUAAUUGUUUUUAAUCCUCUAAUGAGCUAACUCUCCCACACGCCACUCCAAGACAUUUUAAUUGCAAACAGAGAAGAGUGAAUGGAUAUGAUGUAGUGUUCCAUUUACAGGAUGACUUUCAAUAGCUCAAAUCAAUUUCAGUGCCUUUAUCACUUGAACUAUUCACUUAAUUUAACUAUUACUGUGUGUAUGUUCUCUUAGAUUAGAAUAAUGCCACCUCCUUGAUUAUAUGUUAAUAUUUCACUAUUCAAAAUAUAAAUGUGUAAAGGAGUUAGAAAUAACAGUAUAUUCAUUUGUUGGAAGAGAGUCAAGACUGAAGACAUAUUAGAGCAAGUUGACCCUUUUAGCAUGUAGUUAUUGUUCAGUUAAAGACAUCUGACUUCAGUAGCAUGAGGUAUUUUAUUUGCAUUCAAUCUCUGUAACUGGGAUCCAAUAUUGGAUAUAUCCAUGUUCUCUUUCAGUAAGCCUUUUGACUACUCAGAGGAAAUAAAUUAUUUAACUUGAUAAAAAGGCUGUUAGAUGAGGGGGUAGCUGUUCAACAGCACAUAUAUUGAAUUCCCUGUAAUACAAGAACAAGUUAAAGGGCACAGUUAAGCUUAGGCUAGUUUCUACAAAUUGGCACACACAUAGUGAGUUUUCAAAAGAAUUUCUAGCAAAAAUAAAAACAACUUAGCCAACCUCCCUGUUGUUUGAGGUGGCAGAGCACCCUAUAAUUUCUCACGAAACCUCUCAUUGAACUUCUGAAAUGCAAAAUAGCCAUUAAUUAUGCCAGUAUUUGGAUCAAAGAGAUCAUUUGUCUGUCUAUAGUAACCUUCCUUGUGUAUUAAAUGGGAACAAAGCACAAAGUGAUGCAAAUAUUUCAUCAAGAUAUCAUGUACUUCAUGUGUAAUGUUUUAUCUAAAUAGGAAACUGUGCCAACUUGAAAGAUGGGAUUGGCUAAAGUAGAUUGAGUGACGUAGAACAUGAAAUUUAAUAAUAUCCAAUUAAGGUUAGUCACUAAGGAAAAAAUGUGUUUUUCCAGGCAAAAAGAACGUUUGUAAAGAUCCAAGAGAGAGUUCCCUAAAGUGUUGAACAAAGGGGCUAAAUAAAAAUAGGAUAGUUUAACAUAGAACAAAGGAUACCUUUAUGAGUUAAGAGUGCAUGUGGUAAUCAUGGGUUGUCAGUGAUUUGUGAACUAAGAGAAGCAACAAGAUUAUUUUAAAGUUUUUCAAAAAUCAUAUGUUAACUGAUGGUUAAUAAAUGCUCAAAAAGUCCAUUACUCUUUUUAUCAGCUCUUGAAAGUUUGUUUUUUUUAUCAUCAGUAUUUUUAGGAAUGCAGGCCUUAAUUUAUUGAAGUGAACUUUCUGAAAAUAUAGUAUAGCAAUGUCAAUAUACUUUUAGGCAUGAAACAGUCUCCUAGGUAAGGAGUUUGAGAUAUUCAAAGAAUACUUGUGGCCAUAGGAGUCUAAUGAGAAAGUUCAUGUAUCAUACGGAAAUUAUCAUGUUUAUUUUGUUAGAAUUUACAUGUGAAGCUUAGUUUAAGUGCAUCUGUUGGUGUUCCCUAUUACAGUUAAUCUACGGUUAUACCGUGGAUUCUCAGAGGUGAUAUUUCCUGGAUGAUCUUCCUAUGAUUUUUUAGAGGAAAACAACAUCUCUAAGUAUAGCUUGUCUCCACUUGAAGGUCCCAGAACAGUUAGCCUGUCCCAGGUUUAUAUCUGUUCACAGAUGACUUUGGCAGGGUGUUCCUUUCCGUGGAACGAAGUUCAUAUCAUUCCUUGUAUUUCAAGAGUGUGACUCUAGCCUCAAAGUAAUUGACGUGACCAGCAGUCUAAUAGCCUGAUUUUCAAGUUUGACUUAGAGUAUAUAAUUUCUGAUUUAAUAGUAUUUAUUUUACAAAUUCAUGUUUUCAUAAUUUGUGUGGAAUUGCAAAGAAAAAAAUAGUAAAAAGUUAGAAGUGAGAGUUUUAGGGGAGAGCCCCCAGAGUGGGGAUGGGUCUUGUAUUGGUGUUUCCAAAAGUAAAUACAUGUGACACAUUUCAUUAUAGUAUUCUUUGGGUUCUAUUUCUGAUAAAACUAGGAAAAAUAUGCCCAAUGUCUACUUGUUUUCAAGCCUCCUCUAAAAUCAUAUGUUUCUGAUCACAAUUUGCACAUCUAUUCUGGAUACUUAAAUAGGCCAUUUCUGUCCUCUCCUACUUGGACAAUGCCUUGUUUUCUCAUCUGAAUCUUUGCAUUUAAAAAGACUGCUUCCUUUUCUGCUCUUUGUGCAAGUGUAGGGCCUGUUAAGAAUUAUAAUCCAAACCCAGCACUGAGACCACUCUGGGUGUUUUGCUGUUGUGCAGAACCAUUCCAUCUCUGUGGAGAAGGUUCUGGAGAGGAAGGGCAGUCUGCUUUCUGCCACACAUUGGGCCAGAACUGCCCACAGCUGGGACUUCAGGGAGGAAUCAUCACUCAGAUGUCAUUUCGGUCUUUUCACGUUAGAAUGUUAGUGAAAUAUACUUCGCUGCUCUUGGUUCAGCAAUAAGAAAUAUUCUUUCAAUUCCUACUUUUGAAACCAAUUUGUCAUAUUCACUUUCAUUUCCAGAAGUCCAUUCCAGCAGUAGUAGCUUGGUUUUUGUUCUUUUUCUCUGGGUUUUGUGUCUGGUAGAAGAGAGUGCUAUUAAAAUGUAUAGUCACCUCUCAUCUUUCUUCUUCCUUGACAGCUCAUCUCUUUGUAAAUACUGUACUCACUUCUAGAGGCCAGUUCCUAGACAUCUGUAAAGUGCUUGAAAUGCAGUGUCUCCAGGUAUGGACAAGCAUUUCAGUCCAUGGAGACCAAGGUGUUAAUGAGCACAGGCCACUGCUGUGCUGCCUAAUUCUUUUUGGGAGAUGUUACCUCUCUUUUCCAAGCUGCACAACUAAUCUAGAAGAGUGGAGAAAGUGCUCCGAUGGUCUACAGAGCUACGCCCAUUGCUAUUCUCUGAUGCCUACUUGAUCCUGACUUAGGCUGAUUGAGUAGGAGCCUUGAAAGAGAAGAACUCUUCAGUUUAGAUGUCUUCACAACUGUCUAAUUGGCUCUAAGGGUCAGAAGGAGUUGUCCUUCUUACUGUGUCUAAUAUCAAGAAAGUAGUUUACCCAUCAAGCAGGAUUAGAUGGAAUCUUGGUGUUCUGCCUUCUCAGGGACCAAAAAUGUAACAUUAACUCCUUAGCAAUGACCUUCCUCCCAAGGACAUGUCCGUGUUAUUUUUUGUAUGUUUUACUUAUAUUCAUAGCUAGAGGUCUGUUAAUUUGAAUUGGAAAGAAAAAAGAAUCAGUUUGCACACCAGUCACACCAUAAACCAGUUUAUCAUAUAAAAUACCUCAAUUUUCUGUAUUCCUCACUUCCGCCUCACAGUUGUACUGGUGAUGAAUUUUAAAGGUCUAUCCUUAUAGGCGAUUUUUCACACCUGGCCAGAUUCUUAUACCUCUAUCAUAUACUUGAAAAGAUUAAGAAUUAUAGGAAUGGAAAUGAGAAUUUGGCCCAAUAUCACUACUCGUUUAUUUUCAUACACAUUUCUCAAAUGCUAUUACUGCAACAAAAGAAUUAUAUUUUAAGAAAAUGUAACUUUAUGUUACAUCAAAAAAAAUGUUGAUGAGUAAAAAAGUUGAUACUUAGUAGAACAAUGAUCAUGUAAAUAAACAUCUAUUUCAAAUGUACCCAAUGUGAUAAAAAGCAUAGUCUAGGGCCCAGAGCAUGAGCUGGGGAGAAGGGUUUAUUUGUUCUUUUCUCUAUUUUUUCUUGAAUUGUGCAACUAUAGGUGAGUCACUUAACCUUUCUGUGCCUCAGUUUCUCUACCUCUAAAGGGGUGGGAUGGUUCUCCAAAUUGACUGUUUUAGAGCGCUCACACUUUUACUGUGUGUUGUAGCCUCAGGUGAGAGCGUCCUGUGCAGGACUGCUCUGGAGUGAGCAGUAGAAACUCAGCUCAACUGGGCGUCCUGUCUGCUCAGGACUCUGCGACAGACACACAGCUUCAAGCACUGAGUAAGCAAAGGAAGCACUGGGUGUAAAGUUUGCAUGAUUCCAUGAAGCUUUAAUUUUCCUUUUUUUGUUUUAAAAGGAAGGGUUUUAUAUAUUCUAUUAUAAAAUAUAGAAACUAAACAGGGAUUUAACAAAGCUGCACUGAAAGAACACAUUCUGAUGGUGUGAUGAGCUUCUCUGACAUUCUGGAUAGGUUUCUGUUCUGCAAAAGAUUCAGUGACCGGUGAACCAGGUUGAUUCUGUUGUGUUGAAUUUGUGAUGAAUGAUGCUGAACUUCCUGCUUCCAAGCAACUCAACCUUAACCAUGAACUACCAGGUAAAUGUCAGGAGCUCCUAAACCACUAGUGCCAAAGGGUCACGUUGAAAAGUUUAGAGUGUAUCUUUUGUCAGAAUAUAAUUUGCCCCACACCCCUAUGUCAGUGUUUUUGCACCUUGGGAAAAUUUAAGGGUACUGUUUUUCAGUAGCAUCUCUGAGUGUUUUUGCCUUUUUAAACGAUACCUGUUACUUUCUUGUAAAAUGGAAUAUAAUCAUGAAAGAGAGGAGGAAGACUAGAUAAAAAAUGUAAAAUGUUGAUUGGUUGCAUAAAAGUUUUUUCAUGUAAAUGUAUCAGGGGAGCUUCCAAUUAGCAUACAUACACAUAUCUGUCAAUGGCUAAGAUUUGCUUAUAUUUUGCUUUAUAGAAGUAGUCAUAGCAUGUUGUAAUUGCCUUAUGUAAAUAAAAAUGGCUAUUUAUUAAGUUUUCCAAUA